AUGGAGAGCGGCGUGGGGAACUAUGAGAUCGACGAGGUGCUUGGUGACAGCUGUGUGCAGCUCGCUACCUCCUGCCACCUGUUUGCUUCUGGUGUGCCACGUCAGCAGCGUGGGAAGAGGAAGAGGAGUGAUUCUCACCAUGAAAUCAACGGCUCCCUGCCCACGCUCCACCCCGUUAGUGGGUGUAGCAGUGUAAGCGCCCCUAUACACACUAACGGCCACCCCUCCCUGCCGACAUAUGAUGACAUGCAGGUGUGCCGCUUCCAUCUAGUCUCUAACAAGCACCUUGCAUUCCUGGCAGUUAAAGCCGGAGUGCCUGCCCUUGUUCGCCGCAAGCCCUUUAUACCCCAGGAUUGGGUCGGCCCUCUCAUCCCUCCCUCCCACGCAGUGCUGCUUUUGGCUGACUCCCUCUCUCACUCACUUCCCCAACCACACUCGCUUUCAGACUCCCUCUCACACUCGCCUGCACACACCCCCUCAGACUCCCUCACACACCCACAGCCACAAGCACACGCAACAGCACUUCCUGCUUCUCUCUCCCCAGCUGCUGCAACCUCCCUGAACCUUCCUCCUAGCCCCAAAGCCCUUCUGGACUCUGCCUUUGCCUCGCUGGCAGCGGCACAGCCAGCAGCAGCCGCCAAGUCACUGUGCCACUCAGCCAAAAAAAGGCUGGCUGACGUGGCAGAGGCCCUGGUGGGCGCCAGCUGGCGCUGCGGUGGCGCUGACAUGGCGCUGCCGGUGCUGAGGUGGCUGGGCCUGCCUACAGAGGGCGUGGGGAAGCUGCUGAGGGGAGAGAUGGGGUGGAGGGGGAGAGAGGCGGAGGGAGUGGCAAAGAGAGGGGUGGUGGGAGUUGCAGCAAAGCCAGACAUGGCAUUGGACGUGCCAUCCGAGGGCGUGGGAGAGCUGGCGAGGGGAGAGAUGGGGUGGAGGGGGAGAGAGGCGGAGGGGGUGGGAGAUGGCAGAGAUGGUACUGGACGGGCAAAGCCAGACAUGGCAUUGGACGUGCCAUCCGAGGGCGUGGGAGAGCUGGCGAGGGGAGAGAUGGGGUGGAGGGGGAGAGAGGCGGAGGGGGUGGGAGAUGGCAGAGAUGGUACUGGACGGGCAAAGCCAGACAUGGCAUUGGACGUGCCAUCAGAGGGCAUGGGAGAGGUGGUGAGAGGUGAGAUGACGUGGAUGGGGAGAGGGGCGGAGGGGGUGGGAGAUGGCAGAGAUGGUACUGGACGGGCAAAGCCAGACAUGGCAUUGGACGUGCCAUCAGAGGCCGUGGGAGAGCUGGUGAGGGGAGAGAUGGGAGCACGAGGAGAAUUGGAGCAGAAGGGGAGUGGCAGCAUGCACGUAUGGGAGCAAGCUAGACAGCCGUUCGAGCUGACACUUGUUCCGCCAGAGAAGCGGCCUAAGCUGCUUGAAGGGGAUUGCGCGCAGCACCAGGAGAGGCAGCAGGAGGAACAGCAGCAGCAGCAGCAGCAGCAGCAGCAGCAGCAGCAGCAGACUUUGACCAGCUUCUUAGUACCUUCCACCGCCAGAAUGAACCCCAGGUGCCACGUGGCAACAGCUGACUGGCUGCUGGAGCUUCAGAAUGUGAUGGGGUAUCGAUUCAGAAAUGAGGGGAUACUGAGGGAGGCGAUACAGGAGAAGGAGUUGAAGAGGCGGAGGCGGUUUGUGUUUCUAGGGGAAGCUGUGUUGGACUUUCUUGUGAUGCACUACUGGGGGAGUGCGGGUGGGAAGGAGCAGUGGGGGCAGCACUGGGGGGAGGAAAAGGGGCGGGAGUGGGAAGAAGGGGAAACGGAGGGGGAAGGGGAUGGGAAUGGGGCGUGGAAUGAUGGGGAGGGUGGGGAAAGGGAAGGUGGGGUGUUGUGUGGAAGAGACGUGGAAGGUGGAGGAGGGGAGGAUGGGUUGUGUGAAAAGGGCGUGAGGGGAGGAGGAGGAGGGGAGGAGGAGGAGGAGGGGGUAGUAAUGGAAGUGAAGGUGAGAGGAGUGGUGCUGGGGGAGGGGUGGGGGGUGGAUGACGUGGCAGCAACAGUCGAAGCAGCUUCUGAUGUGCUGAGAAGAGCCAGGGUGAGUGUGAUGAACGUGUGUAAUUGUACUGGUGUGAAUGUUAUCAUUCGACUCUAUGUGUAA